UAUCGUCAUCUGCAGGAAAAAUAACAUCAAAACAUUUCGUCACUGUGUAGCUUUGUUGGAGACAUUUUAACAGUGUCAAGCGCUUUUAAUCUUUAACUCGUGUUCUGCCUUCGCUUCAUGGGUGCCUAGCCCUGUCCAUAAGGCAGAAACAAGCCUGGGUUUUCUUCUAAGCUAUAUCUACCUGGUAACAUCAGCCUAACGUCACUCCUCCAACAUGGCCCAACCGAGAGGAGUCAACAGCCUGCAGUUCAACCAGGACCAGAGUUGUUUCUGUUGUGCCAUGGAAACCGGUGUCAGGAUCUACAAUGUGGAGCCUCUUAUAGAGAAGGGACACCUUGACCAUGAGCAGGUGGGUAGUGUGGCCCAGUGUUCAAUGCUGCAUCGCUCCAACCUGCUGGCUGUAGUAGGAGGUGGAGUCAACCCCAAGUUCUCUGAGAUCUCAGUGUUGAUCUGGGAUGAUGCUCGGGAGGGGAGGGACCCCAAGGACAAGCUGGUGCUGGAGUUUACCUUUACCAAGCCUGUUCUGGCCGUACGCAUGAGACACGACAAGAUCAUCAUUGUGUUAAAGAACAGGAUCUAUGUCUACAGUUUCCCUGACAACCCUGUGAAACUGUUUGAGUUUGACACCAGAGACAACCCUAAAGGACUGUGUGACCUGUGCCCCAGUCUGGAGAAACAGCUGCUGGUUUUCCCUGGACAUAAGUGUGGAAGUCUACAGCUUGUGGACCUUUCCAACACCAAGCCUGGCACAUCAUCCGCCCCCUUUACCAUCAACGCCCACCAGAGUGAGAUCGCCUGCCUGGCGCUCAACCAGCCUGGCAGCGUCGCGGCCUCGGCCUCCCGCAAGGGCACCCUCAUCAGACUUUUUGAUACUACCACCAGAGACAAACUAGUGGAGCUACGCAGAGGAACAGACCCUGCUACACUCUACUGCAUCAACUUCAGUCAUGACUCUUCGUUCCUGUGUGCCUCCAGUGACAAGGGCACUGUUCACAUCUUCGCUCUCAAAGAUACUAAACUCAACAGACGCUCAGCAUUGGCUCGUGUGGGGAAGGUGGGCCCAGUGAUUGGUCAGUAUGUGGACAGCCAGUGGUCAUUGGCCAGUUUCACCGUUCCGGCAGAGUGUGCCUGUAUCUGUGCGUUUGGGAAGAACACCUCUAAAAACGUCAACUCUGUCAUCGCUAUCUGUGUUGACGGGACGUUCCAUAAAUACGUGUUCACCCCUGAUGGCAACUGUAACCGAGAAGCCUUUGACGUUUACCUGGACAUCUGUGAUGAUGACGACUUCUAAGAGGAUGGAGAGAGGGAAGAAGGAGAGCGGGAGAGAGAGGGAGGGAGGGAGGGAGGGCAGGGGAGAGGAGACCUGGUGAUAAAGUGAUAAUGGUAGGUUGGAUCUAGAAUCAGACAGAGGUGAAGCAGAUGUUGUACAGAACAAAAUACAGGUGUCUGAAAAGGUCUGUUUAACACAAUUGCCUCGUGUUUUUAUUGUAACCAAGUGUAUUUAAAAAUGUAUGAAGAUUAAAAACAUUUUUAAGAUGA